AUGGCCGCGGUGGAGAUUCCGGCGUUCACGCUGCUGUAUCACGGGCGGAUGGACGAGGAGGACACGCCGAGCCCGGAGUGGCUUGCUUUUGAUAUCGAGAUGGCCUACGGGAUCAUGGGCUCAACCCGCCAGAGCUUCAUGCUGAGCUACCAGACGACGCGGCCCGUCAAGGCGCUCUACUUUGACGGGGAGUCGGCGGCGCUGAUGGGGCUCGGGCAGCUGGACACGCAGAUGCUGCACCUGUACGGCAACGUGACCGGCCCGGAUAGCGGUGGCGGGAUGUGGAGGGGCCUGGAGCCAGAGUACGAGCGGGCGAUGGGGCUGUGCGACUGGCUUGCGGAGCGGGGCCUCGGGGGCGUCGGCGGGUUCGAGGGGGUGGUGAGGAUGAAUGCUGGGUUUGAGGUGAUUUGGUGCGAUUUUGGGAGCGGGAGUUUGAGGUUGGUUAGUCGGGGCAAUGUGACGGCGCCGCAGAUGCGGGAGGUUAAAACGGCGGCGGUGGAUAGGGAGGAGGAAGAAGGGGGUGAGGUGAAGGGCAGUGGGAGCGUGCCGACGUCGGUGUACCCGCUCCCGCCGCAGCCUACGCGGACGGAUCGGCCUGUCAGCCCGACGAAGCCUGCCGUGCCGCCGAACUGGCGCGGGAUUAUGGGUCCCUCCGACCGGGAACCGUUCCUGCAGAGCCAGGGAUGGGGGUGGUUUUCUUCGGGGACGUGGCAUUACGGCGGUAGCGGGAUGGGGCCUGGGAGGGGGGAGACGCGGGCGAAGGUUACGGCUUGCGGAAUCACGAGCUGGUAUUCGGGCAGGUUCUGGGGUCCGCUUGUGGAGGAGGAGGGGAAGAGGUUGAAUCUGACGCGGGAGGGGUUCUGGAGCGGGCUGGAUGGGGGGAAUAGGAGCGUUGCGAUGGAUGAGCUUGGGAGGAGGAGGAGGCUGCAUCAUCUCGAGGGCGUGAGUGAGCAAGCGGCGGCGCGGAUGAGAGGGGAGACGGAGGCUAUGUUGAGGGAUGUGCUGGAGGGGGGGAGGUGCAGUGGGAUGGUCUGGGUCGAUGUGUUUGCAGAGAUUGUGCAGAGGAAUGCUGGGCAUCUGAUGGCGCUUGAGAAGGCGGCGAGGUGGGCGGGAGACGAGGGCAAUGUCACUGAGGUGAGGGAGUGGUUGUACAAGUUGAGGGGCCAGAGCCAUAUGUUUAUGGUGUCGUUCCUGGAGUACCCGAACAAGAUUGACAGGGGAACGUGGGACGUUCAGGGGCCGCUUUUCGGGGAGACGUACUCGAGAUGUCGGUACCGGUACACGAGGCUGCUGGUUGAUAUUCCCAUGAGGCCGUGGGAGACGGACCUCAGAGACGCUGUCGAGGAGGUCAUGGGCGGAAUUUGCGGCGUCUUGCUGAAAGUCGGAUUCGAGGUUGAGAGGGCUUGGUACGCGCUGGAGGAGGGUGCUGGCGCGAGGCUGGUGAAGCUGGCAGAGAGAUGGGAGGAUAGUGUUCGGGGUCUGAGGGCCUGGGUCGGAUGGGAGGGAGAAUUCAUCAGGUGCGACAAGGUUUGCGAGUGGGAUGAGCGGUGUUACAUCCCAAUGUGGCCACUAUUGAAGUCGGUCUGGGGCGGCAGACGGCCGAGGCCUCCGCCUAGGGACGGGCCUGGGAAUGGAACGGAACCGAGGCCGGGGCCGCCUCCGGGCAAAGGACGCGGGCCGGGAUAUGGAGGUGGACACAGAGGCCCGGGCUACGGGAUGCCGGGGCGAGGGCCCUCUUGGAUGGGUGACGAGACUGACUUGUGGGCGCCCAAGUGUGUGAAGAUGGACGACAUCAUGCCCAGGCCGAGGGCAGACUAG